AUGGCAGUGGACGCAUUCGAUGUGGCCGCCAUUCGGGCGCAGUUCCCGGCCCUGGCGCAGAAGCAGGUCUUCAUGGACAAUGCUGGAGGUGCACAGGUCUUGAAGUCAGUCAUCACCUCCAUGUCCGAGUAUCUGGCCAGCAACAACGUCCAACUCGGUGCCUCUUAUCCCAUCUCCCAGGCGUCCACGGGCAAGUUCGAUGCAGGCUAUGCUGCGGGAGCCAGGUACAUCAAUGCCUCACCAGCAGAAGUGGUCUUUGGCGCGUCGACCACGCAGCUGUUUCGAAACCUGUCGAUUGCUCUGAAGAUUGAGCCAGGCUCCGAGAUUGUGCUGUCGACUCUCGAUCAUGAAGCCAAUAUUGCUCCCUGGGUGCAGUUGGCCGAAUGGAAAGGACUGGUCGUCAAGUGGUGGAUUCCCACCAAGAACACGGAUUCCAAUCCGAGACUAGAGCCCGAAGACUUGAAGGCGCUGUUGUCGUCUAGGACACGGCUGGUCUGUUGUACACAUACCUCGAACAUUCUGGGCACCACCACGGACGUUGCGGCAUUGUCCAAAGUGAUCCACGACACCAACCCCAACACUCUGUUCUGCGUCGACGCCGUGGCAUACGCUCCCCAUGCGCCUAUCGACGUCAAGGCGUUCGGGGUGGAUUUCUACUCCUUCUCCUGGUACAAAGUAUACGGCCCUCAUGUGUCAAUGUUGUACGCCAGCAAGAAGGCACAAGAACAGCUUCAAAGCCUAGGCCACUUUUUCAAGUCGCGAAACACUUUGGAAGAACUGCUGGGCUUGGCUGGCGGCAAUUAUGAAUGCAUCCAAUCCAUCCCAGAGGUAGUGGCAUAUAUCAACCAAGUGGGCUGGGAAGCAGUGGGAGUGCAAGAAGAGAAGCUUCAAGAGGUGUUGCUGUCUUACCUCCGAUCAAAACCGGAUCAGAUCAAAAUCUACGGUGAACCUUCCUCGAACAGGCAUCUGCGGCAUCCCGUCAUCAGCUUCAGAGUUAAAGGCCAGAGCUCCCUCGGAGUCAUCAAUGGAAUAGAGGCCAGGGCCCCCUACGGCUGCCGAAGCGGCCAUUUCUACAGCAAGCGUCUCUUGGAGAGAGUCCUUGGUGUUCAAGAUUCCGAUGACGGGGUAGUGCGAGUCUCUCUACUGCACUAUAACACAGUGGAAGAAGUCGAGGGCCUCGUCAAGGUGUUGGACGAAGUUAUCAAGGAAGGGGCAGGCAAAGAUGUGCAGGAUUCCGGAAGGAAAAGCAUUGCUAAACUGUAA